AUGGCUGAUCACUUGGACGCUGUGGAUAUUACUUCCUUGAACGCCCUCGCUGCGGGCACAAACAAGAAGAACCCAAGAAUUGUGGCGGCCGGUUUGGGCGGUAAGUUGAUGGGCACCAAGUCUUUGGUUAAUGUCACUGCUGAACAAAUCGCCGCUGACUCCAAGACUUUCUUUGAAAAGGAUGAAGAGGCUCGUAAGAAGUGGUCCACGCAACAACACAUUUCCGAUAAGCCUUGGACCUUGUCGAAUUGGCACGAGCACAUUAACUGGUUGAACUUUAUCUUGGUGGUGGCCAUUCCUGCCUUUGGCCUUUGGUCUGCCUACACUUUCCCACCUCAGCUCAAGACCUUGGCUCUUGCCUUUGUCAUGUACUGUUUCUCCGGUAUUUCCAUCACGGCUGGCUACCACCGUCUUUACUCCCACAAGUCUUUUGACGCUCACUGGACCGUGAGAUCCUUCUUCGCCUUCUUUGGUGCUGGCGCCGUUCAGGGUUCUAUCAAAUGGUGGGGCCACUCUCACAGAGUCCACCACAGAUUCACCGACACAAACAGAGACCCUUACGACGCCAGACAAGGUUUCUGGUACUCCCACAUGGGCUGGAUGUUGACCAAGGCUAACCCUAAGAACAGAGCCAGAGCUGACAUUUCCGACUUGACCCUGGACCCAAUUGUCGUGUUCCAGCAUCGUCACUACUUGAUGCUUAUGCUUGCCGCUGCCAUUGGUUUGCCAACUGUGGUUGCUGGUCUCGGUUGGGGUGACUACUAUGGUGGUUUCGUCUACGCUGGUAUCUUGAAGUACUUUUUCAUUCAGCAGGUUACUUUCUGUGUCAAUUCCUUGGCUCACUGGAUCGGUACCCAGCCAUUUGAUGACAGAAGAACUCCAAGAGACCACGUCUUGACUGCUUUCGUUACCUUUGGUGAAGGUUACCACAACUUCCACCACGAGUUCCCAUCUGACUACAGAAACGCUUUGAAGUGGUACCAGUACGACCCAACCAAGUUGACCAUCUUGGCUCUUUCCAAGCUUGGUUUGACUUGGAACUUGAAGACUUUCUCCCAGAAUGCCAUCGAGCAGGGUUUGUUCCAGCAGCAGCAAAAGAAGUUGAACAAGAUGAAGCAACAGUUGAACUGGGGUGCUCAGGUCAGCGAAUUGCCUGUCUGGGACAUGGAACACUUCAACGAGAUUGCCAAGAAGGAGGGUCUUCUUAUCAUUUCCGGCAUUGUGCACAACGUCAAGAGCUUCAUCAAGGAGCACCCAGGUGGUCAGGCUUUGGUGAGAGCUUCGUUGGGCAAGGAUGCCACCAAGGCUUUCAAUGGCCACGUUUAUGCCCAUUCUAACGCUGCCCACAACUUGUUGGCCACUAUGAGAGUCGCUGUCAUUAAGGAUACCGAAGUGAACGGUAACACUUUUGACUUGCAAGAAGAGAUGCUUGCCAAGAAGGAGACAACUACUUUGCUUCAAAACUACGUCAGACGUGCUCCUGCUGUUGUCCAGUGGGGAGUUGGUGUCGCUGUGAUCUUGGGCUGGCCCUCUGCUGUCAUUGGCUACCAGAAUAGAGCCCACAAGAUUCCACAAAUUAACAAGGAAUAA